UUCACUUUUAACUCACUUCUGAAUGUAGAGAAAUCAGCUGGCGAUUUAUUUAGUCGUUACAAUGUCGUCAGGAAAGGAGCAAGUGAUCGGCUCGGCAGGAAACGUCCAGUUCGAACUGAUGGAAAAGAGUUUAACUAAUUCAUUUCAAGAACAUUUCACCAGUUAUCCAGAAGGAUUAGUUCGAGGCCAACCCGGAGGCUUUGUCUGUUCUCAAGAAUACGCCCGACAUGCCGACGAGCUUCUUAAUUUCCAACCCAGGGGCGAUGAUGUUUGGAUCGUUACUUUCCCGAAAUGCGGAACUACCUGGACACAGGAAUUGGUAUGGAUGGUGAUGAACGGAUGCGACAAGGAAGCUGGCAAACAACCUCUGAAUAUUCGUUCUCCUUUCUUAGAAUUCCCUUAUCUAGCUUCCACAAAAAUGCAAAACAAUUCAUCGCAAAUGACGAAAAUGAUUUCUGUCGAAAUGGUUGAGAAGAUGCCGUCGCCUCGAGUCAUCAAAACGCACCUGCCAUUAUACCUGCUGCACCCGAAUUUACUCGAUACCAGCAAGGUGGUUUACGUGGUGCGCAAUCCAAAGGACGUCAUUGUUUCUUUCUUCUACCACCACAAGCUCAUAAAAAUACAUCAAUACAACGGAACGAUGGAUGAGUUUGCCCAGUAUUUUAUGGAUGACGAACUCUUUUAUUCGCCGUUUUUCCCGCACGCAUUGGAAGCGUGGGCUCGCCGAAGCCAUCCCAAUAUGCUCUUCCUUUUCUACGAGGAUAUGAAACGAAAUCUGAGAGGUGAAAUCGAACGAGUUGCUAAUUUCCUCGGCAAAACUUUAACGGAGCAACAGAUGACUGCACUUGUUGAGCAUUUGGGCUUUGAGAAUUUCGCGAAGAAUGAAUCGGUUAAUUUCGAAGUCGGUAAAGAUUUAGGUUUCAUGAACACAGAAGGUCGUUUCAUCCGAAAAGGAGAAACGGGAGAUUGGAAAAAUCAUUUUAGUGCCGAACUCAACGAUCGCGUUGAUAAAUGGAUUGAGAAAAAUCUCGAAGGAACUGAUUUGAAAUUUGUUACUGAAUUCAAAUGAAAGCAUUUGCUAUUGUCACCAAGAAAUCGAGUCCUUCGAUCUCCAUGAAAAGGCCCAAUAAAAUUAUUCAAAAACUCAA